AUGCCAGACGCGGAGGAGGAGAAUCAAAACAUGAUCUGCGAAGUGCCCCCGGAUCUGAGUAUCAGUUAUCGUUCCGAUAUCGAAGAAUUUACGAAGAAUACGGUUCAUUUGCAAAGGGUACAACGAUCUAAUAGUGUCAGCGACAUCGAAGAAGCACGACAGGCGUUGAUAUUGGCGGUCACGAAAUCCAAGAUCCAUCAUGAAAGGAAACCGAGCGAAUGUCAACCCUCCAAGGAGUGUAAAUUGCAAAAGCCGCAGAGCUUGUAUUUUACAAAGAUGAAAGAGUACGCGGACAGAUUACCUGCGAACAAUCUGUUACCAGAAUGGGAAGAGAGCAUACGAAAUUUGAUAUCACCUAAACUGCGAUGCAGAUACGCGGACAUAUUCGAGGAGCAGAUCCUUGAAACAAGAACGCGUUACUAUGAAGCGAUGCACGACUUCUCCGUGAAACGAAUAAUAGCGAUCGAAUGCUUGGAACCCUGUAAUUUAGAUUUAGGACGUAUACCUCCCUAUAAGCUUGCUGGACGAACGGAGCUUUAUCCCAAGUUUCUGAAGAACCGAUGCGCUCUCGUUAGAAAGUAUUAUUUACCUCACAGAUUGAUGAGGAGCAUAGUGGCGAGGGCCCAUUUACUGAUGCCAAAGUACAUUUGCGACUUCGGCCGGUAUCGCCAGGAGAUGGAUUAUCUCGACUUUAACAGGUGAUCAUUCUUCUCACGACGAUGAGUUAACGUUCAGAGACUAUCAAUUCGAUACCGUACAUAUGUACCGUAACGAAGUGAUAUCGCGUUUUGCAUCACCAUC